GCCUCAAGGAAGUCGUACAAGGUCGCCUCGGAUAUAACUACCAGCGAUUAUUCACUGAGCAGACGCUCUGGAGAAAGGGCUAGUUGUCAUCGUCCCUAACUUUCGUCAAGAUUCCUUUGUUGUCACAAUAGCUGGAAUUUUACAUAUAAUAAUCGUAAAAUAGCUCGAGAUCCCUAAUCAGUUGCGGAAGUCGUGAACCAAUUUCGUGGUAGGAGGAAAAAAAGAAAAGAACGCAUAAUCCAUAACCAUCCAAAUGGAUAUCUUUGAUUGUUGUCUCUGGUUCGUAUCGGAGGGCAAGCUUCAAUUCAUAGGUUGCCUAUUGGGCAUCUUGAAUUGUUUUUCGGCAACUGUUCGACCGUUUCGGCGGCUGUGGGACUGGGUAAGAGCCUGAUGACCGCAUUUGGACCGUCUUCAUAGAGUGCCAUCGAUGCUUAUAAACUCGCAUUUCAUCAAAAUUUUGAAACCUGACUGCAGAAGAAAUUUAUAAUAGUUCUCUGAAUUUUACUUGUUACCACUAAAGUUUGUAAGAAACAGAUAACUAAGAUUUUACAAUAUAUAACGUAACAAGAGAAUACACAGGAGCAAAGACAACUUGGUGCUAUCAUAGUUAUCAAAAAUAAUUUAGUUUGUUGAACCGGCUCAUAAGAAGAUCGUCACAUCAAAGUGCAGAAAACUAAAAUCCGAAGGUAUUCUCCUUUAAAAUUAGAAUGCUGAAAGUCCAUGUGAUAAUGGAAUAAACAAAAAGGUUUGGUGCUUUUAUUUUUUAAAAAAUUGCUUCCUAAGAACUCUGCCAUCAAAACUGAAUCGACAAUAAAGAUAUAACCGUUAAAAGGUACCCGUGACAAAAAAAUUUCUUUAGUAUCUGCAAGAGCAAAGGCUUUCUAUACAAGAAAUUGUUAUUUGCGAGAAUUUUAUUAUCAAAAACUGUCAAUAAGAAGGACUUCCUGGGUAAUAAAUAACCUACAGAUAAAUCGUUGUCAUCCAGCACCCAUUGAACGUUAGUGGUAAAAAUGAAAAUUCCAAAGGAGUUUGAGGUAUUUCUUGCUGUGAUGUCAGCAUUUCAUUUAGCUGUGCAUGGAUAUUUAGUAGGUUUAAUGAAAUUGCUGAUUCCCAGUCGUUUUUUACGAAAGCAGAGAAAAGAUAUUUCUGAUCAAGUUGUUCUGAUAACCGGUGCAGGCAGCGGUAUCGGGCGGUUGUUGGCCGUAGAAUUUUCCAAACUGCACGCCACUGUUGUUCUGGUUGAUAUAAACAAAAAUGGUCUGAAUGAAACGAAGAAUUUAGUGAGUCCUUUAUCCAAAGCGUUCGUUUACGAGUGUGAUGUUUCCAAUAGACAGAAAGUUUAUGAAGUUGCAAAACGAAUUGGAGUCGAAGUUGGUAAAGUGGACAUUUUGGUAAACAAUGCCGGUAUUGUGAAUGGCAAGAGGUUCCUUGAAUUAUCUGACGACAGUAUACAAAGGAUAAUGGAAAUCAACACUUUGGCGCAUUUUUGGAUGUGCAAAGCCUUUCUCCCCGACAUGAUGCAGUCGAACAAGGGUCACAUCGUGUCCAUCGCCAGCCUGGCUGGGGUCAGCGGCCUGCCCAAUCUGACUGACUACUGCGCCAGCAAGUUCGCCGCAGUCGGCUUCAUGGAGUCUCUCAAAUUAGAAUUGGACGCCCAGAAGAAGGAUGGCAUCAAACUGACCAUCGUCUGUCCUUCCCUCAUCUCAACAGGGCUGUUCGAAGGCACUAAGCCUCCGUUGACCGUGCUGAUGACUGCCGAGUACGUCGCUGGAGAGAUCAUAAGAGCUGUGCUGGAAGAGACAGAAUUUGUGAUGCUUCCUCGGUGGAUGUACAUCAUAAUCCUUUUCAAAUGGACUAUGCCUCGGCGUGCGGUGGAAAGGUUCUACGCCAACAGCGGCCUCCUGGAGUUCAUGGACACUUUCAGGGGAAGGAGCACGAACAAUAACAGCAAUCAAAUCCAAAAGACAUGAGAUGGAAUGUUUCACGAGCAUAUAAUCAUCGAUGGCAAUAACUCACCCUUUGUUAUUUAAUAUUGUACUGUAAUGAAAUAAAAUAUCGAGCUUCCAA